AAAUUAUGAAUGGUCGCCUUAUUUUAUUAUAAAUGCAAAACAACACCACGGAGGAAUCGACGUAAGCUUAAAUAAUAAACCACGAUAUGGCGAGGUAUUACUGUAUUAUAGACUUGGAUCUCUGGCAAAAAAUUAUUGAAAGUAUUUUACCAGAUUAAUUUACAGGCCUACCUCAACUUACGUCCUCUGGGGCGAUCUUUCGAUACUAGUCCAUUACAACUUCCGAUCGUUGCGCGCACGCAUACUGAUUACAUGAUCGUAAGUUGAGGUGUACCAGCAAUUUGUUUUAUAUUCGCCGCGCUUAAUGUGUUGGAAACGAGGCUCUAAUAAAAUAUUUACUUUCCGGUUUUACCCGAACACAACCGAAGCGGCAAAUAUAAACAAGGAAAAAUUAUACUGAAUCGCUUAAUAAGUAUUGCUAUGAUUUCAAUGAAUAAUGUUAAGCAAUAAAAUUCCAAAAACUUUUAAUGAAUUGUUUUGGUUUGACAGAAUCUACAAAUAAAGCAUUCGUUUGUGCGACUGAUUGUUAAUAUUAUUUAUUUUAAGCGUAGCAAAUAUGGAUGAACAGAAAACUGUUCAAACUCCGAAAGGAUCGGCUAAACUGAGUUCAUCUCUGAAAGAACGUCUGAAGAAAUGUGGACGCUAUUAUUCCCCUGCUGUUUUAAAAAAUGCCAGCAACUCUCUUAAUCAAGCCCAACCUUGUACACCUGAUGCUAAGGCAACAGCAAGGUCUUUAAACUGUAUCACUCCAAGUCCUGCAGGUAGCCCUCUACUUAACCGAAGAACUCCUGCAGAAAAUUAUCCAUCAUCAUUGCUUCUUACUCCAAACUCAUCUAAAUUCCACAGACAUCAACUUCAAGAAGCAAGUUCGCUUCUAACUCCAGUUUUGCGGAAGAAAAACUUCCAAGGACAGCAGGAUCUGAGAACUCCCAAAGCCAAGCGAAUGUGUUUGGCAUCACCAACUUCAGAGGUUCCUGUUGCCGCUUCUGGACAAGAUGGCCAAUGUCUGGGGGCAACAGGUACGGAUACUAAUAAGGUCUGUGAUAUUUUAGGUGAAGGAAAUGACGAAGCUAAUGAGAAAUUAGCAGUGAAUAGUCUUUUCGUGGAACAUGAAAAAGACAAUAGUCAAAAUGACUGUGGUGACAAGUUGGCUGUGAUAACUGGGAAUUGUGAAAGUUCCAACUUAGAACUCCGAAGGAGGAAGUCUUAUUUAGAGAAAUUACUGAAAGAAAAACGAGAGCACUUGAGAAAGCUUAAUAUGGUGAAAUUGUACAGAUCGAAGAAUGACUUUGCAAACCUUGAUGAUCUUAUUCUGAAGUGGACCCAAGUGUGUCAGCAAGUGCUGGUUGAUCUUCACUCUAAAGUACCCGAACCCAAACCUACUUUGACAGAAUUCAUCAAAUAUUUCAAUAUUGACUUUGAUUUCAUUAAAUUCAAUCCCGAAAAUGAAACAUUCUUCUAGAUAAGAGAAAAAGAGUGUAUGUGUGUGUGUAUGUAUAUACACAUAUACAUAUCACCAUCAUAAUCAUCAUCUUCACAAUCUAUACACAUGCACACACAUGACAGUGAAGCCUUGUUAAACCGUAGUAAUAUGAGAAGUGAGUGUCUGGAUUAACUGAUGGGGUUUAUUAAUGUUCUAUACAUAUUCAAUAUUAGAAAUAUAGAGUGUACAGUGAACAGGUUAGAAUCUGAGUUAUAAAAAAUUACUGCAAACAACAUAUAACUAUAUAAAACACACAUACACACACACACACACACACAUAUAUGUAUAUAAAAAUGGAACAAAAACGCAAUAGAGGUCAUUAAAACGUUUGGACAGAUAGACUAAACAAAGGUGGACAAGAGAAACAACAAUUAGAAGGACGGGCAAAGAAAGACGGGUCAUUCUUGGCUUUCUUUCAUCAGUCAAGUACCAGAAGUCACGACCAUUUCAGACAGUUAUACUUCUAUAUAUAUAUAUAUAUAUAUAUAUAAUAGAUUAUCUAACAUUAGAAUAUGUAACUAUUGUAAAGUUAAUACCUAUGGUAGAUGACAGAUGAGCUUGAUGUGGUGGAGUAGAGAUGGGUAGUAACUUGUCAUUGUGAGUUAGUAGCACUAUGAUGCCUCAUUGAUCCUUGCUGAGCUGACUGACUCAGUAGCAAGUGAGACAUAAGUAUCAUUAGCAGGCUUAACAGCCUCAGCUGGUGUGGAAUGAAUUAGCUUGAGGAAUAAAUGAAAUUUUAGUUGCUUACUUGUUAAUUUUGGAUAAGGAAUUACUUUACGUCUCAGAGACUUAAAGGUAUUGGUGCAGGUGUGGCUGUGUAGUAAGAAGCUUGCUUCCCAAUCCCACCGUUCUGGUUCAGUCCCACCACGUGGCAUCUUGGGCAAGUGUCUUCUAUUAUAGCCUCAGGUUGACCAAAGUGAGUGGAUUUGGUAGAUGAAAACUGGAAGAAGCCCAUCGUAUAUAUAUAUAUAUAUAUAUAUAUAUAUAUAUAUAUAUGUGUGUGUGUGUGCUAGUAUCUGUUUGUCCCCCACCACUUCUUGACAACUGGUGUUGGUGGUUUAAGUCCCCAUAACUUAGCAGUUCUGCAAAAUAUACUGAUAGAAUAAAUACCAGGCUUUAAAACAAUUAUGCGGGGGUUGAUUUAUUUGACUAAAAUCCUGCAAGGCAGUGCCCCAGCAUGGCUGCAGCCUAAUGACUACUACAGGUAAAAGAUAGAAAUGCUGAUAAUAUUGAACAUUGGUUUCUAUUGAUAAAUUAAUGUACAAAACAAUGUCAUCAAAAGAUUGUCAUAUCACAGAAAGUUUGAGGUUUCUUGGGCAAUGCUUUUGUUGUUUUCAUCUGUUAUUUCUUCCGUUCACACUUAGUAUCCAGGUUUACUCUGUGUCUUCUUACCAGUUUCUGAUGUCAUCCCUAACAUUUGAUUUGCUUUUGUGUUGAUGUAUAUAAUGAAAAUCUUUUGCUUUGAAUCCUUCAAAAUCAUAUUCUUCCUCCAUUUUAUAGAAAUAUUUUUCUUUGCAUUUGGCUACAGUAGUAAUCUUCAGUGUCUUCCAUGAAAGUACUAAAUUAAAUAUUGCAGACCUAAAGUUGUGGUAUUUGAUGCUAAUGAGAGUUCUUUGUUCUUAUGUGACUUCCUUUUAAACUGUUUUCUUUUAAGAGAUAAACAAUAGGUGGUAAGAACAUGCAUCUUAUUUUACCAUAACUAGGUGACCACCUGUGUGAACAGGUGAAUUAUUAAAGAGUUAGAGGCAUCAAUCAACUGAAAGUUUGAGGACACCAUCCUGGUAUAUGUACCCUACAAGAAUGAAAUGUGGGAAAACCAACCAUUAAAGAUAAGCAUGUUGAAUAAUAAUUUCUUAGAAAGAUAAUGCAUGGUGGCGAGCUGGCAGAAAUGUUAGCACACAGGGCGAAAUGCGUAGCGAUAUUUCGUCUGCUGCUACGUUCUGAGUUCAAAUUCCGCCGAGGUCGACUUUGCCUUUCAUCCUUUCGGGGUCGAUUAAAUAAGUACCAGUUACACACUGGGGUCGAUAUAAUCGACUUAAUCCAUUUGUCUGUCCUUGUUUGUCCCCUCUGUGUGUAGCCCCUUGUGGGCAGUAAAGAAAUAAGAAAGAUAAUGCAUGGGUAGCUGGUGCAUUAUGUGUUUUAACCCAUUAACAUUCAGAUUUCGUCCAUCUGUACGUCCUGAGUUCAAAUCUCAGUGAGAUCAGCUUUGCAUUUCUUGCUUUUGGGGUCAGUAAAAUAAAUACUAAUUGAGUACUGCAAGCAAGCAGUUCCUUUAACCCUCCAACGCGAAGUAUAGGCCACUUAUAAUUGAAUUCCAUGUCGCAUAAUUUCUCGCUUCUGUACUUAUACUCUGCCAUGAAUGUCCCCCUUUCUCUAGUUCCUUUUGUUUUGAUCUAUGCCCUGAGUUCUUAGGCCUACCCCUCUUUCUAUUGAGUACUGGGGUUGAUGUAAUUGACUUACCCCCUUCUCUGAAAUUGCUGGCUUCGUGCCAAAAUUUGAAAUAAUAUUUGACAAAUUUAUCAUCUUUGACAUGUAUACAAGUUCUCACACAGCACACUCUGAAUAAACAGUCCUGCAACACCGGCAGUCACUCUCUUCACAUUGACUUGGGUUAACAAAGGCUUUCUGUGUAUCAUAAAAAAACGUACAUAUUCUCAAACUCACAUACACACUGCUGGUAAUUUACUUUAAUUUUCAAUAAAGCAACAAUAUUUGUUUAUAA